UGCGCCCUCCCCUCCCGCCUGCAGAACCUCCGGAACCCGAAGCUGGAGAAAGCGGAGAUCCUGGAGUUCGCCGUGGGCUACUUGAGGGAGCGCAGCCGGGUGGAGCCCCCGGGGGUUCCCCGGUCCCCAGCCCAGGACGCCGAGGCGCUCGCCAGUUGCUACUUGUCCGGCUUCCGCGAGUGCCUGCUCCGUUUGGCGGCCUUCGCGCACGACGCCAGCCCGGCUGCCCGCGCCCAGCUCUUCUCCGCGCUGCACGGCUACCUGCGCCCCAAACCGCCCCGGCCCGAGCCGGUAGAUCCCAGGCUCCCAGCGCCACGCCAAACGCUGGACCCCGCCGCACCGGCCCUUGGCCCCGCGCUGCACCAGCGCCCCCUAGUGCACCAGGGCCCCCCUAGCCCGCGCUGCUCAUGGUCCCCAUCCCUCUGCUCCCCGCGCGCCGGGGAUCCCGGCGCGCCGGCGCCCCUCACUGGACUGCUGCCGCCGCCGCCGCCGCCGCCUCACAGACAAGAGGGGGCGCCCAAGGCCCCGCCACCCCCGCCGCCCGCGUUCUGGAGACCUUGGCCCUGA